AUGGAAGACGAUCCAACAACCCCCAACUCCCCUCACAGCAUCAGCUGGCUCUCCGAACGAACCCUCUCAGUCUCCACCACCUCUACCACAACCCUAGCAGACCCUCCAAGCCCAAUGAGCAUUUCCUCCCAAAACCUAACACCUCUGGAUCUCACUGAAUCCCCCUUCCCAAUCGAAUACCCCAGAAUCUCAUUCCGCGAGAGCCCCAACUUCCACCCCCAUUUCCUGCCCCUCCUACGCCACCUCUCCUCCCAGCUCUGGCCCCUCGUCAACUGCGAAACAGGCCUCCAGCACCCGGACUUCCCACCAAACAUGCUGGCCUACAACCUUCUGACCUCGGAGCAGGUCGAUAACCUCGCUCGCCAUUUCCAUCAGGUCUACCCGCCUGUCCCGGCUACAUUUAAUUAUCCUGUUCAUAUUACCCCGUGGAUUGGCACGGCCGUGGAGAAGACUAUUGAUCUCGCUACGAGGGUAAGGAGGUUGGGGCAGUUUUUUGGGUUGAGGGGGUGUGAGAAGGGUGGAGGGGAGGAUGUGAAUAUGGGUGAGGAUCAUGUUGAACCUGGGGAUGGGGGUGAGAAUGGGAAUGGGAAUGGGAAUGGGGAGAGUAUGAGUGAGAGUGAAGCUGAGGUGUUACGCCAGAUGGAGCUGGAGUGGCAGCAGGCGUUACAGAGGGCGUAUGCUGAGGAAUCGCAUCGGUGGAAUUUGAAGUGA